CGACUGAGGCAGCUGGUGGAAACCAUUUCGCAAUUGCUGAGAGUACACUCCCAAUGAGGGGGAAAAAUGUCACGAGAAAGUAAGAGAACAAUUGAAAAACGAAGAACAAUUUAUAUACGCCUGGUAAAAACACAGUAGUUAUUGCGCUGAUAAUGUUCGGUCCAGCUUCCUGAGGCACCAGGACAUGUCUUGGGGCUGCUCUAUGGAACCCGGCAUGAGCUCAUACAGGGGAAAGUAACUGGAAAGGGAACGCUGAAGAAAAACAUACUAUUCUAAGGGAAAGAAAGACAUGUACAACUGUCUGUUUCUCUCAUUGACCUGUCUAUGCAUUCUCCCGGGUCAUGAUGCAGAGGAGUGUGUGACUUCGAUCUUGGCAAAGAGAGGUUCUGUUAACGUACCAAAAGGGGGCACUCUUUCCCUAUCCUGUGUUGUUCAGCAUUGUGGAGAUGAUGGCUGGACAGGAGGAUGGGGUCUGUCAACAGAGGGACAGUUCCUUCUCUUUAGUCCCACUCCAAGGCAUCAUCUCUCCAAUGUCACGUUGACAACCAAUAGAACCCGUCUGCUCAUGGACAUCCUCAACGUCAACCAAUCAGAUUAUGGAAUGUACCAAUGCCAGAUCACCUGGGUUGAGGGAUACACCAGUGUUGGACAUAUGACACAUGUGAACAUUACUGCAGCCAUACCACCCACAUCCGUGUGGAAGGUCUAUUCCAGGGUGGCGGUGUAUGUAAGUACCUGUUUGGUAAUCACCCUGGUAAUCACCCUGGUUUUGGUUCUGGGUCUGGCUUGCCAUAGAAGGUCAAAGGUCCCGUCUCAGCCCCCACCAAUACCACCGCCGAACCCCCCGCCACGCUCCCGAAGCGCACGCAAGGACAAGCCCCCCACACCCAAGCCUAAACCAAAGAUAGAGUUGGUCUAUGCAGCUCUUUCAAAGGGCUGCCUUGAACAGCCGAAUCCUAAUCCUCAACGAGAAGCUGCACAGCCCACAGUCUACUCCUCUCUCCGCUUCUCCUGACUCAGUCAGACUUUUAUAUUGUAGAGACCUUAACCCAUCUCCUACUCACUGAGCACACACUGGUUGAAUCAACGUUGUUUCCGCGUAAUUUCAAUGAAAGUACGUGGAAUUCACUACAAUAUUCACCUCUGCAUGGAACAGACUGUUUCGACCAAGUGGUCACAUUUCAGAGCUCUGGAUUGAAUGAUUUCAGAUGCGUUCUGUAUUUUAUAUGUGCCAUGCAGUGACUGCUAUCCACGCACUCAGCUAGAUGAUGUGAUGCCAUGUGAAAAUCGUCUGAGAAUAUAAUCUAUGUUCAAUGUUCUAAAUAAUGAUGUGUGCAACAGUCUUUUAUUUGUUAAAACUGUAAUUAUUAUGUAAUUGGUGGAAACUACUUUCUCUGCCGUGUGUUUUAAUAAACAAACUAGAACUGA